AUCGCAAUUUGAAAACGCCACUCAUAGCGAAUCCUCUUUCAGUCUCGGUCCAGGCAUUUAGGCCAGGACAGAUGCAUGUGUACAUGGCGUUGAUUCGCACACCAGUGGAUCGGCUAUGUUCCAUGCGAGACUGAACGAGGACAGUUCUGAGAUGAUUGCUGGAAAUGAAAGCGAAAACGAAGACGAGAUGAUAGACAAUAACGAACGUGGGGCAACAAUAGCGUCGGCUGUAAAUGAAGAAGGUGAAACCAACCCGAAUCACGUGUGGUGCUGCAGGAAGUGGUAUAAGCAUGGCCGUGAUCACAACCGGCAUAAAAAAUAUCAUGACAGACCAUUGGCAUGCAGCGCAAUUGAAACAUGCCUUUACAGAACAACUUACAAUAAGGAACUCCAUAAGCAUUAUCAUUCCAACCACAAGCGAUGGGCUGAGAAGCACAAUAUCCCUGAUCUGAGCUUCUUGUGCGACCAUUGUGGCAUUUUAAUAUCUAGUAAAGGCAACAAGCAAAGACAUCUUCGUAGUUGUUCGCCCUUGGCAGCGAAAUUUCAAGUCAGUGCAUCAGAUCAAAAUCGAAGGAAAAGGCCAGGGGUACGGAUAAACAUGGAUGUCCGAACAAGCACGGUUCCCGAAGUCCUACUUUGA